CCAGAAGAAACAGGAACAUCCAGUCCAAGCAGAGCAAGGAGCGCUUCCAGCUCGUCCAGCGGAGAAGAAGAGCCGCUGGAGGCCGCCUGCCUGCCUGCCUGCCUGUCUGUGACUCUCACCGGGGAAAGAGUCCGAGACCCUUGGAAGAGGAGCGCACGCCACCUGCCCGGGAAUGUUCGCGAAAUAAAGCUAUUCUGCGAAGUGGUUUUACUUUGAAGAUACUUCCAGUGAAGAGGAGGAGGAGGAGGAGGAGGAGGAGGAGGGACAGAGCGCGCGGUCGCCUCUCGUACGCACAGCCCAGCGUCUCGUGCAGAGUGCGGCUCCGGGUGCGAGCGCCCGCGCAGACUGACAUGUACCGCUCCACGAAAGGAGCUUCGAAAGCCCGCAGGGACCAGAUCAACGCGGAGAUCCGCAACCUGAAGGAGCUGCUGCCCAUCUCGGAGGCGGACAAGGCGCGCCUGUCCUACCUGCACAUCAUGUCCCUCGCCUGCAUGUACACCAGGAAGUCCGUCUUCUUCUCGCAAGAAGCGGGAGCAGCCGGUGGGUUCGGCGAGUCCGCGAGCGUCCUGUCCUUCCACGAGCUGUCGGAGCUUGUGCACGGGCUGCCGGGCUUCCUCAUGCUGCUCACCACCGAGGGGAAGCUCCUCUACCUGUCCGACAGCGUCUCGGAGCACCUCGGGCACUCCAUGGUGGACCUGGUCGCGCAAGGCGACAGCGUCUAUGACAUCAUUGACCCCGGCGACCACUUUGUGAUGAGGAGCAAUCUGGUGCCCACGACUGCACCGGACACGGACCGUCUCUUUCGCUGCCGCUUUAACACGGCCAAGUCCGUCCGCCGCCAGAGUGCCGGAACCAAGGCGGCCCUGAUCCGGACACGCUGCCUCUCUCCCCCGAGCCCCGGAUCCUCCUACUGGACCUCCAACCCCGUGUGGGUGUGCUUCUGCUCCCCUCUGGAAGCCCAGCAGCCGCAGCCGUCUCCCGCGAGAAGCCCCACCCUGACCCCCCCCGCCGACCACGCCUUCUUCCUGGCCUGCUUCCACUCUCAGCACAGCCGGGACAUGAGGCUGCAGGACGCCCAGGACAGCGUGAACGUCUACCUGGGCUACAGCGUGGAGGCUCUACGCUCGCACUCCUGGUACAGCCUCGUGCACCCAGAGGACCUGUCGCACGCCUCCGCGCAGCACUGCCGCCUUCUGAGUGAGGGAGGAGAAGGCCGGGUGGAGAUGGUGCUCCGGGUGGAGGCCGCAGACCACUCGUGGGUAUGGCUCUACAUGGUCCUCCAUCUGGAGAGCGGAGAAACCCCAAUCAGCUGCCACAACUAUGUCAUCAGCGAGUCUGAGGCGUGGUCCAUCCGCCAGCAGCUGUGCGCGGAGCAGAACCAGCUCGCUCUAGCGCUCAGUGCCAGCGCCUCCUAUCAGCACAGCCUGGGACUGCAGUCCCCCGAAACGCUGUCCAGCCCGGACCAGGUGUUCACGCCGAGCAGCAGCGGCCUGUCGGGGCAGUCCUUCGACUUCAGCUCCGGCGCGGAGCAGGGGGGGAGCGGCACGGCCGCGGAGCCGGCCCAGCCCGAGGGCGGCCACCCGCGUUCCAGCCUCUCUUCCCUGGAGGAGGAGAGCUCCGGGCAGCAAAGCCAGCCUCCGCCACGGCAACAGCAGCAGCCACCGCAACCCGGCGACGCCGCCUCCCCGCCCACCCCUACUUCCUUUCCCGAGAGCUCCGACCUGGACUUUCUCGCCCAGAGCAUCUUUCUGUCCCCACCCCUGCGCACAGACACCUGUCCAGCUGUCAUUCCUCUUGCUCCGCCCCCUCUCACGAUGCCCAAUCCCUAUCAAGGCAAGGAGUCCUUGUGCACGCCCCCCUACACCCCCCAGCUGGGGGUGGGCAGCUUCAUGUUUGGGGAGGGGUUUCCCUCACUGGACACUAUGGGUGCCAGUACCGUUGCAGCGCCCACCCCUGCCUUGUCCACACCCACAGGCCACCCCCCCCUCCGCUCGCUGUCCUUCUCGGUGACCCGUGGUGCCGAUCUCCUCCUACCCCUGGAGCACUACAGCGGGACUUUCUACGAGAAACUGCCCCCCACUCCCGACACCCCGGGGGACAGCGACUGCACGGUCAUGCCCCUGCCUGAAGUCGGGUGCCCCCUGUUCGUGGACGUCCCGGCGUGGCCCUUCCCCUGCCCCCCCGAGAGCCUCCUCACCCCGGAAGCGUCCCCGGGGAAACAGCCCUGCCUGUCUGUCUUCGCACCCGAGCAGCAGCAGGGCAAGGAGAGAACAGAGACCUCGCUUGUGGCACAGAACAUCAGCUCUCUGGCCGAGCGAUUCUACCCUGACGGCCUGUUCCACAAGAUCCUGCCCCCCUCCCCCACCUCCCCUGUACCCUCCCCCCUGGCCCAGGAAGUGCCCCCCAUGCCCAGUGAACUGUACCCUCUCAAGUCCUGGAAGUGCCGGGACGUGUCCCUGAGCCUGGAUGACAUAGCGCUCAUCGAGGAGUGUAUCCUAGAAGCCCUCCUUGAAGACCUCUCCUCAUCACCUCCAUCCCCCUGCACCCCCUCCCCUUGCCCCUCCUCAACGCCCUCCUCAUCGCCAGCACCCCCAUGCUGGUGUCCACCCUCUCAGUUCGAGGGGGCGUCUCUAGUCGGCCUCGGCCAUUUCUGUAGCGUCCAAUCGGCGCAGCGUAACUCCGUGGCUGGGGGCGGGGCGACGACGGUCGAAGAAGCAGGGGCGGCCGAAGACGAGGGAGGGCCGUCGGAAGACGGAAUGGAGGUGGAGGAGGGGACAUCCCCACCGCAGUUCCCCUCCACCACCUCGGUCCUGCCUCCCCUGAGCUUGCUGCCCGCCCGUGCCGCCCCCGUCGCCGCAGCCCCCAGCCCUGUCUGUGCCCAGCCCCUCUUGGAGGAGCUGGCCGCCCUGGAACCCAUGUUUGGGGCAGGAGCCUCAACCGCCCCUGCCCCGGGGCAACAACUUGAGUUGUAUCAACUCCACCGUCGCUCUUCGCCGCGGGACUUCCAGCCAGGUGAGAGAGAAAGCGAGCUCCUGUGUGGACUGUUGCUCCAUCGCUGUCGCCAUCUCUCCUCCCACCUUCUCACAUCACCCCCCCCCCCCCCCCCCAUGUUCGUUGUGGCCAUGUGUCCGCAUGCACCGAUGACCCCUCCCACUCCAUCAGGAACACACAUGACAUUGCACAUGAGCAUCACCGGUGAGUCCCAGCUAACCUGCUGCUCUCCCUCUUUCCAUCUCUCUCUCUCCCCUCCCAGAUGGACGUGGAAGUGAUCCUCCGUUCUAAAAUAAGUCUGUGACUUACUUCAUCAAGUAUGGCAUAUUGUCAUAUUUUGUGGAGCUACUUUUCCUGAAAAGUGAAGAAUACCUAAUGUGUAGAUAUACACGCAGUGUACAUAGAGACGAAGGGACUCUCGUGUCUACAGCCGCAGUCGACACACUGCCUGAGACGUUUCCCUCACCGUACAGAGUAUCUGCUCUUCUCCGUUCCUCCCCGUCCCCCUCCGCCGCUCCCGCUCGCCUGGGAGUGACGUGUUUUACUGAUGGACUUAUUCUGUAUUCACUUGUAGUGAGUAACCCCUGCAGUAAAACACGGGCCGGAGCACACGUGUACAACGGGCUUCUUCUUCUUCCUCUAACGCCUUUCCGUCGCUGCCGUGCUGCAGACGGCGCUCGCGCCCGAGCACCUCAAACUGAAAACACAGGACACGCGCCUGUUUUAUCGCACUCUUCCGCAGCAGGGAUCGCUGCUCCGGGGCUCAGCAAAAACAGAAUUUCCUAAAUCGCAGGCAAAGUUCUGAUCGGACGACCGUUGGCUCAUCCUUCCCGGUUUCGGUGUCGCCAUCAGACCCCUUGAUAGAACAAGGUCAAUAUUUGGCUCCAGUUCAAACGUGUUUCAGUUUGCGAAAACUCCUUGUUUUCAGUUUCUGGCUGCAGAUCUUUCCUCGGACCGCGCGGAAAAGUCGGUCUCAAAGCGGCUCCGUGGCACGUGUGUCAACUAGCCCCUACCUGCAGAGGAGGCGCACCGCAGAUCGCAACGCAUUAUAGGCCAAGCGGCCCCCACGCUCGGCCCGGCCCGGCACGCCGGGUAUACCGUAGUGCACGCCUCCCCUUCCUGCUUCCUCUGUAACCAUGGUAACGUGUUUGUACUGCCAGGUGACUCUAUAUUCAAAAUAAGCACCUCAUAGGUGUGCAGAUGUUGAAUGUCAGUGUUGUCGUCCUAUUUUUCCUCCUGACGGACACCCCACCGUCCAGAUGUGGGCGCUCUGCCGAGUGUCGGAGCCGACGGGGCUUCUGCUCCGCGGCUCUCUUCGUCUCAUCGAGAGGGAAUAAAGCGGUGGGACGUUCAACGGCAGAAAGUGAGCCGGCCGGUCGGUUUGAGCCACUGAGCGACGUGGACGCGGGUCGAGAGCGGCCCCUGGCCCCGCCCCCUCGGCCCCGCCGUGCCGCCACGCUAACGUAGAGUUGUCUACGGUCAAGUAAAGGAUUGAUUCCUACACUCUAGCUAUUUAACUGCAACCUUUCAGAGAUAACGUAUGAAACUGUAGAUGUUUACAAAGAAAGUGGGAGACCACGUGUCUCCUAGGAUGUGUAAAUAUGCUGUACAGCGAGACCGAGAAUGUGGAACAAAAGCAAUUGUUCAAGUUUGUAUAUUUUCAACUGCAAAUAUAUCUAUCUGUGUAUAUCAUAGUUUUUAUUAUUUCACGAACACAUACGUACACGCGGUACGCGGUCCAUCCCAAGACGGAUGCUGCGGACCAGCGUUCUCCUUGUGUUGCUCAGAAGUGUGUUUGGAUGUCAAAUGCAUUUGUAUUAAAGUGCACUUA